AUGCUCGUUUCAUUUCAUUGUGCUUAUCAUUUUGUCUCGUCGUUUUUCAUUAAACAUCCGAAGUCGAGUGCGGCGAGCUCGUCGAUGACGGCUGUUGGAAGGAUGCCAAUCACCAAGGUGCACGCACGCCAAAUCUACGACUCUCGCGGUAAUCCGACGGUCGAGGUUGACCUCUUCACCGAGAAGGGGGUGUUCCGCGCCGCUGUCCCAUCGGGCGCGUCGACUGGCGUCCAUGAGGCGUUGGAGCUUCGCGACGGCGACAAGGCCGUCCAUCUCGGCAAGGGUGUCCUCAAGGCGGUCGCCAACAUCAACGACAAAAUCGCGCCGGCUCUCAUCGCGAAAGGAUUCGACGUGACUCAGCAGAAGGAGAUUGACGAGUUCAUGAUUGCCCUUGACGGAACUGAGAACAAGGCGUCGCUUGGCGCCAACGCGAUUCUGGGUGUCUCGUUGGCGGUGGCCAAGGCGGGAGCCGUCCACAAAGGUGUGCCGCUCUACAAGUACAUCGCCGAGCUCGCCGGCGUCUCGAAGGUCGUCCUGCCGGUGCCGGCGUUCAACGUGAUCAACGGCGGCUCGCACGCCGGCAACAAGCUCGCCAUGCAGGAGUUUAUGAUUUUGCCGGUCGGCGCGACGAGUUUUGCCGAGGCGAUGCGAAUGGGCGCCGAGGUCUAUCAUCAUUUGAAGGGCGAGAUCAAGAAGCGCUACGGAUUGGACGCGACCGCCGUUGGUGACGAGGGUGGCUUUGCGCCAAACAUUCAGGACAACAAGGAGGGAUUGGAUCUGCUCAACACGGCCAUCGCCAAAGCCGGCUAUACGGGAAAGAUCUCGAUUGGAAUGGACGUUGCCGCGUCGGAGUUCUACAAGGACGGCAAGUACGAUUUGGACUUCAAGAACCCGCAAUCGGACUCGUCGAAAUGGCUGACCGGCGAGGAGCUCGCCGCCCUCUACCAGUCGUUCAUCAAAGAGUACCCAGUCGUCUCUAUUGAAGACGCGUUCGAUCAGGAUGAUUGGGAUAACUGGGGCAAGCUUCAUGCGGCCACCAACAUUCAAUUGGUUGGCGAUGAUUUGACGGUGACGAAUCCGAAGAGAAUCAUGACGGCGAUUGAGAAGAAGUCGUGCAAUUGUUUGUUGCUCAAGGUCAACCAGAUUGGAUCGGUGACCGAGUCGAUCGAGGCGGCGAAAUUGUCGCGCGCCAACGGAUGGGGCGUGAUGGUGUCGCAUCGAUCCGGCGAGACCGAGGACACGUUCAUUGCGGACCUCGUCGUUGGUUUGGCGACGGGACAAAUCAAGACAGGCGCGCCGUGCCGCUCGGAGCGUCUCGCCAAGUACAAUCAGCUUUUGAGAAUUGAGGAGGAGCUUGGUCCCGACGCGGUCUACGCUGGACUCAAAUUCAGAAACCCGCAAGCCUAA